UAAAGACACAAAUUGUUUUCUGUGUGCCUCGUAGACAUUGCCAAAAUGGUUACCCAUUCGAGUCGAAUGCAUCACUGCUCCGUCCAAAGGACAAAAGAGCAGUUAAGUGGCAACUUUUCUUCCGGAGAAUCUGGGCAUGGCCGUAAUCAUGACGACAAAUUGCCCGGCCGGAGGCAAUAAUGAUUAAUAAUGAGGCAGCAGUAGCAGUUGCAGUUGCUAUGCCGCCGGAAAACGGCCAAAGUUUGUACUGCCGCUUGUGGCUUUAUUAAAAUAAAUAACUCAGGCUAAGGCAGUUAAGGCGAAGGUAAUCGCGACAGGACCCUUGCUGCCACUUCCGCAUCCGCUUCCGUUAUGAAUAACAAACUUAAGCGGCGGUCAAAGUUUACCGAUGCCCGGGGGCAAAGUUAUAAUUUGUCUAAUUAAAAGUUUACCUGAUUAACCUGGCGGCUAACAGGGUCAGUGGUUGAGUGCAACAAAGCGUUUUGCCGGCCAAGACAACUAAACAAAUCAACCACACAUUCAAGCUUCAAGUAUGGGAAAAUAGUAGCAGUUUAGCAACUUUGUUUGUGGUCCCUGAAAUUUACCAAAAAACCAGGGGUCACGUGACUUCUGUUACUGUGGCACAUAUCAACCUAAUGCACAUUGUUUUGCAGCUUUCUCGUUUUCCGGUGCCAUUUUACGUGCAUUUUAUUGCUAAAGUUUUUCCGGUCAUGUCCUGCGGAGUUGUCAUGUGCGGUAAACCAAGGAAAUUGUUGUCCAAACUAUUCCAGCUAAGAAAAGACAGAAUAUGCGAAGAAAGUGGUUUUAAAAAUAUUUUAGUUAGGUAGCUUUGCUAACAAUUUUUCUCCUAAAAUAUACUCUGGGGUAUUCAUCUAUAGGAAUAUCUACGCAUAACAAUACUUACAUACAGAAUUUAGAAAUUUAAAUUGUAAAUACAAAAAUAUACUUAUUAGGCCUGUUCGAUCAACACAAAUAUCGUAUUAUAUUCUAUUAAGCAUUAUUAAAAACCAGAUUGAUAUUUAAGUGCUUCGAUUUUUUCAAUUGAAUAAUUUUGAAAAUUGUUUAAUAAUUGGUGCGCAAUGCCGAUAGAGUUUUACCUCAAUUGAAAAUAGCUGGGCAUGUCGAGCGGUCUUGUCAUUGGAAUUUUUUGGACUUUAUUGUGGUCAAUAUUAGUUGCAGGAGAUUUUCACUUGCAAAAUGUGAUUUGCGAGUCCUUGGACACCACGAUUACAAAUUUUAGCCGCUGCGAGAUGAAGUUCAUUCGACGGGGCGUGACUGCCUUCUAUAUGGUUUGGAAAGUAUUCAAAGUGCCAAUCAACAAGGUGGACAUAAAUGUGUCAUUGCACAAGAAAUCAAACGGAUAUCGACCAUUUCUCUUUAACCAGACCCUGGAUUUUUGUUACUAUAUGCGGAAUCCCCAAGCGCAUCCAUUGAUAUAUAUGAUGCAUAAAGUAUUUAUACAAGCAUCCAACAUAAAUCACACCUGUCCGUAUAAUCACGAUGUGAUUAUAAAUGAGUUUAUGUACAAGGAGAACGACUUGAAAGAUCUGCCAAUACCAAAUGGUGAAUACAUGAUUAGAUUGAAAGUCGCAUUUGACAAGGAGUAUCGAACAUCCAUCAAGAUUUACGCAAAAAGAAAGGACUGACUUAAAGUUUAAAG